AUGCAUCACAGUGCCACGCCCAACAGCCCCGUCUGGCCCUGUGCUCGCCUGGUGGCCGACUGCCAGGUCGUGCGCGUUUCUGGCUUCGAGGAGUUCAACCCGGCCGUGGAGGAGCACAAGGACAAGACCUUUCCUGGGUCUAAGGACGCCGAAGGGAACAGCUGGUGUCCCGAGUGUGUGAAGGCUGAGCCAGUCGUGCAGGAGGUGCUGAAGCACAGUAGGAAAGGAUGUGUGUUCAUCUACUGCCAAGUGGGAGACAGACCUUAUUGGAAAGAUCCCAAUAAUGAGUUUAGGAAAAAGCUGAAGAUAACGGCAGUGCCUACACCCCUUAAAUAUAGAACACCUCAGAAGCUGGUGGAAUCCGAGUGCCUGGAGGCCAGCCUCGGGGAGAUGCUGCUGUCUGAAGACUAACAUUUGAUGCGGUAACUGUGUCCUGAGUCCCCGAUUCACUACGGUUAUAAAAGAAAUGAUAAAGGCA